AUGAGGCAGUUAGUACUAGUUCCUCUGCUCUUGCUUGUUCUUGCUGGUUUUCCAUUCAAGGCAAAAGGGUAUCUGCAACCAUUUACAGAUCGUCCUGGGACACUCUGGACUGACAUAUGGUCUGAUCGUUUCCCUGAUCCAUUUCGUGCGUUAGAGCAAAUCCCAUUUGGGGUUGCCAAAGAUCAGCCAUUCAUGGCUGUGUCACCUGCAAGAGUAGAUUGGAAGGAGACACCAGCAGGACAUAUUAUAAUGAUAGAUGUGCCAGGGAUGAAGAAAGAUGAGAUUAAGAUAGAAGUGGAGGGAAACAGAGUGCUGAGAGUGAGUGGAGAAAGGAAGAAGGAGCAGGACAGGGAAGGGGAUCACUGGCAUAGAGUGGAGAGAUCUUAUGGCAAAUUCUGGAGGCAGUUCAAGGUACCAGACAAUGUGGAUUUUGAUUCUCUCAAGGCCAAGCUGGAGAAUGGAGUGCUUACUCUCACAAUGGCCAAGUUGUCACCAGAUAAGAUCAAAGCUCCAAGGGUGGUGAGCAUUGCAGGGGAUGAUGAAGGCAAGCAGGAUCUUUGA